AUGCUGGCACUGCCAAUACCUUCGGAAACGAGAUUCGUGCGCACCUUGUAUGAUGUUGAUCGUACAAGACCUUCGCCGUUUGGGUGGAAGCGAUGCACCAAGAAACCUCGUCGCUACAUUCGAAGGAUGGGGCUCGUUGAGUCUUUCUUCAACACCAUGGCAACGCUGCACGAAGGACGAACCGACAUCUUCUACCGCCUGCCUCUGAGCUGUUCUGCUCGCGUCUACGAACAGCUCACCCAUCGUUUGCCGCUCGUCUGGGCGUUGAUGUGCCGUCGGCAUCCUCUCCUCAGCGCUCACGUCGACACCUUGACACCUGACGGUACCUCUCUGGACCCACAAGAGGCAGCGACAAGACGGCAUACUGGCGAAGCAGCAGAAGACGGCUCGAGCUCCUUCGAGCCUCAUUUCGUUUUUGACAUGCCCGCAUCUGCAUCCGACUUGCUCGAACAAGCAACACAGCGACUCGUAUGGCUUCCGGAAGCAUGGCAAAAGGACUUACAGUCACCUUCAGGUACUAGUGCCACCGAAUUGUCCGGCGAUGAUGCAGUUGUCACGUGGCUCGACACCUUUGUUUGGAACGGCAAGCGACGAUUCCUCAGUCAAUACUCUCCAUUCGGCUUGGCCAGGCUCAUCCUUCUUCCGCCAUCGUUUUCCAGCAGAAGCGGAGACCAGGUCCACUUUGAUUUGAUACUGUGUACUGCUCAUUGCAUCUCAGAUGGUCUCAGCAUCUCGAGCCUUGCCGGCGAGCUGUUGCAGGUUCUCGCUUCUCCACAGUUGCCCGUGGACCUACCUCCACUCGUGACAGAGGCAGAUGCUUCGGCAGAUGUGACGGAAGCAUCUCGAGCUAGGUACGAAUCGGUCAGCGACGACAUCAAGCAAUGUCUGCUGAGCGGCCUCUUUGACUCUGCUCAGCCGAGAGCACAGGAUAGAGGCGAUGACGGGCUCCAAGAAGCUCACUUUGCGGCGCUUCUCCCCCCUUCGAUAGAAGCUACGUAUCCCGAGCUGUUACCUGUACAGUCUCAAUCAUCAGCGCAAGAUUCUUCUCUUCCCAGCUCCCGACUUGCGAAGCUGCGUUGGUUCUGGACCAUUCGGCGCGUCAUCCGCCAGAUCCGGGCAGCUGAAGCCGAGAAGGCAAUUCUCUCAGACUUCAAAGCAAACCGCUCCGUCAAGGAUGUCGAGGAGCCGUGGUGGGGAGCCCAGACCAGAUGGUCGGUGGUGCGUCUAUCAACCGAGGAUACAUCUGCCCUGACGCAGUUUUCCAAGCGAAAGGGGGUCAGAGUCGGUUCGCUGCUUUACGCUGUGGCAGCUUGUGCGCUCAACACGCUCGAGAACAAGCACAUGCCUCCCGGCAGUCGCCCCGAGCAGCCAACAGCCACGGUGAUGGGCUUUCCCUUCUCCGUGCGAAGGUUCCUCGACGCUCGUGCGGCCGUGGACACAUUGCAACCUGUCGACGCUCAGGAUCCGUUGAUGGACCCCUCGAGUCUCGGAGUGAAGCUUGGCUUCAACGGCGUCUCGCUUCCACCUGCAGACGUGUUUUCUCUGCCAGAAAUGCCGUCGACCAAUGCUGUACGGCUGAGCGCGUUUCAGGCCGCCCAGUUGUGGCAGACGGCCCGACAAGUGCAAAGGCAGUUCAACAGCAUCUUUCAGGAGCCUCGCUUCAUGCACGCAGAUGGGUUUUUGACGGGUCUCGAACGUGAGACGCGCUUCCGUCGAAACGGUGUAAAGGACGUCUUUGAGGUGUUCAAGGAUGAUGACGAGGCCGAGGAGGUGGCGGGUCAGGACGAGCGUCGGCCAGGUCUGACCAAGAAGAAUAUGCAGGGCCCUGGGUCUUCUCUCAACUUCAGUAUGGUCGGGCUGCUGGAUCCUGUGCUACCAUCACAGCUUACGUUGCCUUUUGCGGGGCCGCAAAGCGAGGGUGCUGCAACCCUCCAAGUGCGCGAGAACCUGAUGUUUGGCGUUCGGACCAGAGCAGGCGAAGCAUUCGGAACAUCGUUCACUUUCCGCGGACAGCUCAAUCUGGAACUUGGUCAUGAUACAGUGGUAUGGGAUACGGUAAAGAUAGAAGAGUAUCUGGCAUUGAUGAAGGGCAUCAUCGAGGCGCUUGUCGCCUUUGAACAGGGUCGUUGA